GGUCUUGGUACGCGGAACCUGCUGCCACAACGAGCCAGUAGCCUAAUAGCCGAGCUCGACGGGCUAGCAAUGACUGGAUUGUUCCUUUCGCGUGUUUUCUCCAAGCCGCGGGGACCAGGCAUGGUUCUGUGGAAACCGCCGUACAAGGUCUGAACUGGUUUGUCAGCCUUGUGUUGUUUUUCGGUUCCACCCCCUCAAGUGUCCUCUGGACCUCGGCUGGCCAUGUUGGUCUGAAGAAAGGGAGGUGUUGCGUGCGUGCGUGUUCACUCGAAGAGACCCGGAGCGAAGAGAAGAAGCGCUUUUUCCAAGAUCGAUUUCAAUAUGUCUCAAAAUCGAGAACUGGUUUUGUUUUACAUUAGGUACAAACUUUCCCAGAAAAACUACCCGCUCAACCACAUAGGACUCAGACAGGCAUUGAACAGGACUGAUGGCAGGGAGGAAGCCUCAGGCGAGGAGGAGCAGCGGGUACAGACGCCUGCCAAUGGGACGACCAACGGCACCAGUCCCCCGGCGUCGCCGCUACGAGAGGCGGCGAGCCUGGACGCGGUGAAGGAGGCCCUGCGGGACUCGGCCAAUGAGUUUGAGUUGCGCUACUCCCACGCCUUCAGCGACCUGGACAAACAGCUGCACAUUACACCGGCCACUGCCUACCAAAGCUUUGAGAACGUUGUGGAUGAGGUGUUCCAGGACGACGUCAACUGGGGCCGCAUCGUGGGGCUCUUCGCGUUCGGCGGCGCGCUGUGCGUCGAAUGCAUGGAGAAGGAGAUGAUCCCCCUGGUUGACAGGAUCAUCGAGUGGAUGACGGUGUACCUGGACAACCACCUUCAGCCCUGGAUAGAGAGCCAAGGAGGAUGGCAACGCUUUGCCGAAAUUUUUGGCCACGACGCGGCAGCGGAGGUCCGCCGCUCCCAGGAGAGUUUCAAGAAGUGGCUUUUGGCCGGGGUGACCUUGGUGACCGGGGUCGUGGUGGGCUCGCUCAUCGCCCAGAAGCGCCUGUGAUGACCUCUCAUUUUACACACCCUCACACACUUAACGCAUCCACAAAAAUACAUGACGGAAGUUGAAUUGAAAUUUCCGAUUCCUGAUGUUGACUCCUGCCAUCACAUGUUGGACGGAGAAUUAACCUUGUUUUUGGACUGUUGUGAGAAACAAGUGGAAGGGAGGGUCUUUGUGUCCACGUUCCCCCCUCCACCCUGGCACUAAACCUCAGCAUAAACACGUCGGCAUGUUAUCGUUUCAGGAAUUUAUUCCUUUUUAUGCCUCCUGUUUGUUUUUUCCUCUGUAAGUGUGCACACACACAUUAGUUCUACCGAAGUUCCCCAUUUUGAUUCUCCCAGGAGGCUAAAACUUAAAUGGACAGCGAGACUGCGUGAACCAGCCUGACAAACGUACAAUGCAGUGUCCACAAAAAGUUAGGGCUACUGGGCUUUUAGGGUGCAAUUUCAGGAUGAAUCGAAAUUGCACUAUUACCUUUAAGAGAAGAUUCGAUGAAAGUUGACCUGUAAAGGCUGUAGUACAUUCUAGGUUCAUCCUGGAAUAGCAGCAAAAUCUCGAUAGCUAUUUUUGUGAGUAGAGUGUGUGUAAUCUCAGAAGAGCUGUUAAAAUAAACAUCCAAACCACAAAUGAUCAGAAGAUAAAAUUCUGAACAUUUGUUCGCAUCAUCUUUCUUUAUACAUUUAGUUUGUCCCCAUACAACUAGUAACAGGUUCCCAAAACUUGAUCCAAAUUGACAGCAUGCUUUCAGCCUUGGCUACUGCGCUCAUCCACUGUCGACACCGCUCCUGGCUCUGGCAGGCAUCGCUUGGCUGUGCCAUAUGGAAAGUGAUAGGGGGAUGUGGUUACCGGAACAGUGUGGAGUGGCACCUUCCUGCCAAGUCACCCCCCCUCCCCCUAAAUACUGUUUCGCAUGGUAGUUAAUGUGUGGUGCUUUUUGUUUGAGACAUUUUAGCUGUCCCCAUCCUCAUUUUGUGCUUUUAGUUACAUUUGGAUUUUUAAGCUAAUCGAAGCCCAGCACUCCCGGCUGAUAUAUUGCUCAAUUUUGAGUGAGGUUUUAAUUUUUUUUUAACCGUUUACGUUCAGCCAGAGCACAGUAUGUGUGCGUGUCUGUGUGUGUGUUGGGAAGGGGGCAUUUUGUCCUCGUCGACUAGACAGUAGCUGACAAAUGCAGCAAACGUAGCAGCUCACACCGCAGAUAGGACAUCUGUCAGCAUGAACAUGUUAGGUAUUUGGAUGUACAGUUGUAAUGUUUGGUAGCACUGAUCAUUUAACACCCCCGUUAAACAUUUUGAAUGAGCAGUUAAUAAAAGUUUAUGACA